AAACGUGACGGUGUCCCGUGCGAUUACGAGAACGUUAUUCUCUCCUCGGGCGCUACCGAUUCUAUUCGUAACGUUCUCAAACUGUUUGUUCGAGGGAACGCGCCGAAGAAAACUGGCAUAAUGAUUCCCAUACCACAAUAUCCACUUUAUUCUGCAACAAUCGAGGAGUUUGGACUUGGCGAG